AUGGGCCCCUGUACCGCCUCCUCAUGCUGCUGCCAGGCCCGUAAUCUGCCAUGGGCCCCCGUACCGCCUCCUCAUGCUGCUGCCAGGCCCGUAAUCUGCCAUGGGCCCCUGUACCGCCUCCUCAUGCUACUGCCAGGUCCAGAGUGUCUCAUGGGUCCCUGUACGGCCUCCCAUUGCUGCUGUCUCCAUCGCCACACUCUGCCAUGUGCCACUUUCAGGUCUCCUCACACUGCUGGUGGGUUCCAUUUUUGUCAUAGGGUGCUGUAUGGCCUCCCAUUGCUGCUGCCCUCCACCGCCACACUGUGGCUCCACACUCUGGUUUUGGCCCCGUGACUGCCCAAAUGAGUGAAGUGUGCGGUGAUUCUAAGAUCGACGGCACUCAUCUGCAUGUCAUACUGACUGACAGUAUUAUUUCUCUUCCCCAGCAGACUCCAAGGGCAUUUAAAUUAAAGGUACAGUGUUCUGCACUAAUAUAA